AUGUCGAACAUCAACGAGACGCUGGACGCCUUUCCCUACUGGGCGCUGCUGCCGAAGAGGGAGACGACGGCGGCCGCCUUCCUCGCCCGUAACCCUGCCUUUGAUGGCCGCGGCGUGAAGAUUGCCAUCCUCGAUUCGGGCGUCGACCCGGGCGCGGCGGGCAUGCAGGUGACCAGCGAUGGUCGGCCGAAGGUGGUGGACAUGAUGGACGCCACGGGGGCGGGCGAUGUGGACACGAGCACCGUGGUGGAAGUUGAUAAGGUGGACGGCUGCAUUACCGGACUGACGGGACGGAAGUUGAAGAUUCCCAGCAGCUGGAGCAACCCCACCGGCAAGUACCACCUGGGCGUCAAGAACGUCUACGAGCUCUUUGACAAGUCGGUGAAGGGGCACCUGACGAAGGAGUACCUCGAGAAGGAGUUCAGUCCGGUGAACAAGCCACUGCUGGCGGCGGCGGUGAAGGCGCUGAAUGAGUACACUGAAAAAGAGGCUUCCUCUGGUAAAAAGGCGGACGAUUUAGAACCAAAGGAGCGCAUCGAGGCGGCGCUGAGGCGUGAGGAGCUGCAGGCGCAGGUGGAGCUGCUGAAGGGCGCCGACGGGAAGGCUCUGGUCGACCAAGGGCCCACCUUUGACUGUGUGGUCUUUCACGACGGGCAGAUGUGGCGAGCCUGUAUCGACACCAGCGGCACCGGCGACCUCGAGUCGGCGACGCUGCUGGGAACGUACCGCGAAACGCUGAAGUACGGGAUGCUCAGCGACCGGGACCGCUUCAACUACGGCGUCAACAUCUACAAUGAGGGCAAUCUGCUGGAGAUUGUCGGACAG